ACGUUGACCUACUAACACAGAUCCAUGAGUUAGUGUUAGCCCUUCGAAGGAGGGAUCCUCGCGAGGGGACGUAGUGGUUCUUGGACAGUUGUAGCCUCUUUAUUACCCCCUUAGAAUAUUGAACAGUUAAUAGGGGACCAGUACGUGUGAGAAGUGUCGAAGAAGCAACGCUGUCACAAAAGAUUUCCCCAAGUGGAUAAGCUGAAUUUGGAAGUCACCAUUUUUGUACGCAAACAUUAUGGUGAACAGCUGAAGGACCAGGAGCAUAUUGUUGUGUUGAGUCAGUGAUAAUAUGCAGUCAGUCAAGCAGGAGUCGGAAUCCAGUGAGUCCUACGGCGGAGAGGACACUCUGGUUCUGGCUGUAGCCUUACAGGGGGCUAACAGGGAGCUGACUGGACAUGAUAUUCCAUUCAGGGCUAAGACUUGUCGUAGGAAAAGAGAGUUUAUUCCUGAGGAAAAGAAAGACAUCGUUUACUGGGAGAGACGUCGCAAAAACAAUGAAGCAGCCAAGCGCUCCAGAGAGAAGCGGCGCAUCAAUGACAUGGUGCUUGAGAACAAGCUCAUGGCUCUUGGAGAAGAAAACGCUUCACUCAAGGCUGAGCUACUGUCACUGAAGCUAAAGUUUGGCCUGAUGAGCUCAGCGGCAUAUACACAGGAAGCUCAGAAGUUAGCUAGCUCCGCUGUGGUCAACCUCUACCAGGAGCUCGUUCCACCCUCUCCUGACCAGGGCUCCUCCAGCAGGGAAACAAAUUUAGGCAGCAGCUGCAUAUCAGUCAUCAAGCGUUCACCUCACAUGCCUGAGACAUUCUGUGGCACUCCAGGUGAAUAUAAAUAUAUGACAAAAGUCAAACAAGAACCAACAGAUAACAGCAGCUAUGCACAGGAGCAGAGCAGUCCGUAUGAGCUGUACAGAAACUGCCUGAACAGCUCCCUCUCUUGCGGCUUCCCACAGCCGGCCUCCUUUAUGCACAACACCAGGUCCUCCAGUAACUCCCCCAGGAGCUCAGACGAUGGCGCAUUGAGCAAAGCAUCAGACGGCGAGGAUGAACAGCAGGUUCCCAAAGGAUUCACUCUGUCCACAGCUGGCCUGACCAGUGUCAUCGUCUCUACACACAAGGUGCCCGAUACCGGUGCUUCUGCCCUGCCUCAUAAACUGCGGAUCAAAGCCAGACCCACCCAGGUUAAAGUUGAGUCAAUAGACCAUGAAUAUGAGUUUGCUGGGAAGACCUCAUCACCAGUCAGUAGAACAGGUGGAGAACACCCAAGCACCACUCAGGACUCCGUGGAGCCUUCACAGCUGCUCCCGUGUCCUCUGUCAGUACAGGUGAAUGACAUGCAGGGCUGGAGCCAGGAGCACAGAGGCAACAUGGAGACACUGUGGGACCCCUGUAAGGGCAGCAGACACAGCCUGAGCCCCACCUCCAGAGUAAUGUCCUCACACACUGAGGACCCAGACCUGGACACUGCUGCUGCUCUGUCAUAGUAACACUGAGGUGUUCUGAGUCAGACACAAGGAGCAUUUGUGUGUCUUCAUUUUCACACCAUUUUUCUAUUCCACUGUGUGCCUGUUGUCAGGGUUAUUUCUUGUUUUUAUUACGAUAGGUGUUAAACUGUGUUCACACCAUGUUACAGUCUUAACCUAAAUCUGCUGCAGUGACAAUGGAAGGGUGGUUAUCAAUGUAAACAAUGUACAUGAAGACUAUAUUCUGUUUUUUUCCUC